ACUAAAGCAAAAGAGUAAAGAGAGAAGUUCAUCCUCAAAGAGAGAAAGAAAUUAAAGAAAUCCAAUUUAAUCAUGGCUUUCUCUUCUUUUUCUAUCUAUUUAGAUCAAUCCAAUUUGCAGCUGCAGCCUUACAAUCAACAAGAAAGUGGCGUCGAGAACCCCCAAGUGUUGUCACCGCCACCCCUGCCAGCACCGGCUCAGGUGGGUGCUGGUGGCGAGCACGGUUCGAUCCGACCUGGCUCGAUGGUGGAUCGAGCCCGGCUAGCUAGGGUUCCGCUGCCGGAAAACGGCUUGAAGUGCCCUAGGUGUGAGUCCACGAGCACCAAGUUUUGUUACUUCAAUAACUAUAGCCUGAUGCAGCCCAGACACUUUUGCAAGACGUGCCGCCGCUACUGGACUCGGGGAGGGGCUAUGAGAAAUGUUCCGGUCGGCGGAGGCUGCCGGAGGAACAAGCGGAGGAAGAGCGGUGCAAAACCUGACGGAGGCACCGCCACCCCGGAGAAGCAAAGCGGCUUUAACCUUGUGGGUGAAAACUCGUCGAUCUCUGGUGGUGGUGGUGUUGGUGGUGGUGGUGGGGGUGCAUGCCCUAUUACUUCCGGAAACGUUGAAAUUUCCGGCAAGUUUUCAACUCAUGAGCUACCACCGCUGCUCACGAGCACGGCAUUUCAAGCUGGCUUGAGCCACUACGGACGCAGCGGUGGUAAUAUCGGCUCGAGUGCGGGCCGAAGCUUUCUUCUGGCCCCGCAACUUGCCGCCUAUGAAAAUAAUAAUAUAGCGUUUAACAACAACGACAACAACAACAACAACAACAACAACACGCAUUUCAUAUCAACGGGAGAAGCCGAGCCGUGGAGGUUUCUGGGCUCCUUAACCGGCUUUGAGCCGCCGCCGCCGCCAUCAACAGAUUUAUUCGCUAUUCAAGGUGGAGGAACUCUAACACCGUCGGGAAGAGUGGAAGAGAGUCAAGGGCUGAAUAGUAAUUAUCCAACAAGGCUGCUUUUGGGUAAUAUGGAGAAUAAUCAAUACUGGGUUGGUGGCAGCGGCGGCGGCGGUGUGAGUAACAGUAGCUGGACUGGAGGGUACUCCGGUCAUUUCAACUCUUCUUCCACCGGCCAUCGUCUUCUAUGAUCAGCGGUGGCAACUAUAUAUUCUGCGAAUAUAUAAACCCUAGCUACUGAAUUAUUGCAGUACGUGGAUAUGAUCUUGUGGGUGUGUGAUUUUUAACUAUAAACCCUUUCUAGACUUUAAAUUAAUUACUCCUUAUUUG